AAACCAGUCGAAAAGGUCAGUUACACGUUAUUCACCAAAAUACACUGGGUUGUUACAAUAGCAUCUAGCCGUGGUUUUGUACAGAGUAUCCGUGUGCAAUCACCUGCAAGAGACAAUCAAUCGUGAGCCUCUUCAGCUUUCCCCUUUCCCCCUUAAGGAGCAGUCCCUAUUCUCGCCCUUUUACCUGUCAUUGAGAAAUUACCAGUGGUGAUAUCUCCCCUUAGCUGCCAUUUGGUAGUACUAUCCCGGCCCCCCAUAUAACCGCCAUCAUCUGUUCACCAUGCCUGACAGACAUAAAAUGAAGCUUUUCCACUUCAACAAAACAAAUACCGAAGAAGACCUCACCCCUUCCAACUCCAACCAAAGUCAUGCCAGUAACAAGAAGUUCUUGGGUUUCAACAUUGGUAAACCUGAUUCCCAUGACGUGUUGGCACUGCCCGUGAUCAGUAAUUCGAUUGACAAUGUCCAACAUCACACGGUUCAAGCAGCUGGGCAAAGUCGUAGUGGCACCAGCUCGCCCCAUUCGCCGCUGAACGUCAUCAACAAGGAAGACUCGAACCACGCGUUUCUCAAGUCCAAUUCGAUGGUGGAGUUGAAGAAAUUUUUCAAGCCCAUCAAAAAGGGACCUACUCCUAAAAACUACGACAAUAAACUCCAUUCGCCGCUGCCAAUGGCCGUCAAUAACCUGCAUCGAGAACACUCAUCGACGUCGUUGGCGAUGUUGAUCAACCAGACUUCAAGUCAAUUGUUGCACCACGCGUCACAGAGCUCGGCUGGUAACCAUGGAAAGGCCCCAUUCACCGAUGACGAGUCUCCAUUGGUUCAAAAGUACGGUAAAAUCGGUAAGGAAUUGGGUUCCGGAGCUGGAGGAUCCGUCAAAUUGAUCAUCCGCCCAUCCGACUCCAAGACGUUCGCUGUGAAGGAGUUCAGGCCUAGAAGAAAUACUGAGAGCUUGAAGGACUACACCAGGAAGUGCACGGCUGAGUACUGUAUUGGAUCGACCUUGAAGCAUCCCAACAUCAUCAAAACCAUAGACAUAAUCCAUGAAAACAACCGAUAUUACGAGAUCAUGGAGUAUGCUCCAAUCGACUUCUUUGCGGUUGUAAUGAGUGGAGAGAUGUCGAGACAAGAAAUCAACUGCUGCUUGAAACAAAUCAUCGAAGGAGUGGCUUAUUUGCAUAGUUUGGGGUUGGCCCACAGAGAUUUGAAGUUGGAUAAUUGUGUGUUGACGGAAGAUGGGAUUUUAAAAAUUAUAGAUUUUGGCAGUGCGGUCAUCUUCAAGUAUCCCUAUGAUCAUUACGGCAAUUCCAAGGAUUCCAUUCACUAUUGUCAUGGUGUGGUUGGUAGUGAUCCCUAUUUGGCACCUGAAGUGUUGAGAAAUUCCAAUUCCUACAAUCCUCAGCCAGUGGACUUAUGGUCAAUUGCCAUUAUCUACUGUUGUAUGACGUUAAAACGCUUUCCCUGGAAAAUCCCCAACCCUGAGAAGGACAAUAGUUUCAAACUCUACUCCAUGGAAGAUGAUAAUUGGCAUGACUAUGUUAUCAGCAACGAAUGUCAUAAGCUAUUGCUACAACAAAGAAAGUUGAAGAACACAAUUGUGCGGCUGAACAAACGAAAGAAACUGAUCCAAGAGUCUGGGGGACCAACCCCUGGAAACCAUGACGACAUGGAACAGGAUCACAUGGAGGAGCCUGCACCUACUUCGCAGUCAGAACAACCCGAAGCUGGCACUGAACCAUCCGUGCCCCAAGAAGGUGAAGAGGAGGUUUUAAGUGGAGCAAAGGCCGAGGAAAUCAUGGCCGAAUUGAAGAAAAUUGAAGAUAGGCUCGAAGAGUACGAGAACAAAAAACACGAGAUGAAACAACGGUUUAUCGAAGCCAAACAAAGAGCUCAAGGUGCUUCGGAAUCAAACAAAGAAGAAGAGGAGGAAACAGAACUGAAAAAGAAGAGCCACAAACAAAUACAUGGUCCCUAUAGAUUAAUGCGGCUCUUACCCCACGCUUCCAGACCCGUCAUCUCCAAGAUGUUGCAGGUGGAUCCCCAUUCUCGAGCUUCAUUGGAAGACAUCUUGAAUGACGAGUGGAUAAGAGAUAUCAAGUGUUGUACCCUCAAUAAAGUCGUGAGAAGUGAAGACAACGCCCUAGCUGGCGUCACGUUUGACGAAGACGAAAAUGAUGUGCUUGUUAAAGGAUCUCCACCCCACAACCACACCAUUGUGUUUGACAACCAGUAAGGAGGGUUCCUCUUUAGAUAGGCUCUUUAUCAACGAUUAAUGAAAUAUUUUUUCUGGAAAUAAAA